UCCAACAUAUCGAUCCAAACGGUACAGUUAAUCUUCAAAAGUCAUCCAACUCAACAAAUCAAGUUUAUCAGCAAUUUUUUCAAACUCUGAAAAAUGGCAACUACCGAAGGCGACACAGCUAAAGUCCCUCUGGAGGUUAGUUACAUCAUCGCUAUCAUCAUCAACACUAUCACUUGUCCCUUCGUAGUUCUGCUCAACGUGCAAGUGAUAAUGGCCGUGAAAACAAGACCUCGACUCCAAACCAACAGCAACAUCUUGUUGGCCUGUUUAGCGGUGACUGACGCAUUAACUGGUCUCUUGGGCCAACCGUCAUAUAUCCUGAUGAGAAUAUUUCAAUUAUCAGGUCUCAGUAGCAGCAAAACAGUUGGAAGGUUUCACUUCAAUGUUACAACUACAUUUGCAGUGGCUUCAUGGCUUCAUCUGAUUUUGGUUACUUUCGAGAGGCUUAUUGCGAUCAAAUUUACGACGCACUAUCCAAACAUUGUCACUGGUAAUAACAUGACGAUGGGAGUGAUAGUUGUUUGGAUCAUUGCUUUAAUAUGUAAUUUUUGUCAUGCGUUAAAGCUGUAUCUAGUAUUAUAUUACGUGGCAGGCCUUGUCGGUAUUUCGUGUAUCCUUUUCAUUGUCUUCACAUAUGUGGUUUUAUAUCGUGAAACACGUCGCCACCAAAGGAAGAUAAAAGUACAACAAGUACCUCAAGAUGAAGUGGAAAGAUUUACCAAAGAGAACAAGGCUCUUAAGACAACUGUGUUGGUUGUUGGUGGUGUUAUCAUCUGCCUUCUUCCAGUUUGUUUUUGUCUCAUCGUUGUAGUUACAGGCCUUUAUAGAUUUUGCCCUAUCAAUGGAUCAAUAUGGCAAACUUGUAAUAUGUUAAACUCGCUUGUUAAUCCACUGAUCUAUUGCUGGAGACAAAAAGCAAUUAGGAAGCUCGUGUUUACACACUGUAGAAGAAGGACCCAGGUCGUGCAGCCAGCCAUCCAAUGAAGAAGGGGACUUUGACAGAGGGACUGAAAAAGGAAUCUGCUCAGUUUUUGUAUCAUAUGAGAACUACAUUAUUGAUUAGGAGAGUCGACUCAUUUACCACAGGCAAAAUGUGAUUCUCGAAAGCAUUAUUUAAACUAACGGAAAAGAAGACUUUGCAAGGAAGGGUAUUUCCUCAAAUUCAGGCUCAGCCUUUUUUCGCAGACAUAGCUACCUUAAAUGAUUCCAGUUCUUCAUUGCUCAAAGUGAGCAAUGAUUGAGUUUAUUUCAGAUAAUUAAGCUUUAGGGUGUCUACAUAGGAAUUAGACCUUAUUUUUGUUGACGAAGUAAUUCGCUUGUUUUUUCCUGAAGCUUGAAGUAAGGUAAUGCUUGG